UUCCUGGAUAAACUACACAUGCUAGGUGUUUUUAUUUAUCUGUAUAAUAAACACUGAGUCUGUUUAUUUAUUACUCUGUUUGUGUUUUACACGUUAAUUAUGUAGUUUUACCUCCUGUUCUGUCUGUAAAUCUCUACAUAACGCUUUUAUUGGAGGAUCUGCAGCAGCUGUUGCUGUAUGACAAGCUAACUAGCUUAGCAUCGCUUAUCUACAUUCGUUUUACUUUAUUUACAUUUUAUAUCUGUUGACUUUAAACAUGGCGUCGAUGGCGGCCGCGGAGCCCGCGUUAAGCCCAGGGUCGGUGUCAGCCACAGACUCCCUGGUGCCCGCUAGCAUGUUCGCUCCAGCAGGCCGGGGCUGUGGGGACGAGGACGGGACAGAGAGCUUCGAGGACGGGGAGACGCUCAACGGCGACACCGGGGAUUUCUGCAGCAAGCUGGCCCUGGUCAGUCCUAACGGGGAGCAGUAUGACUCGUUACUGCGGCAGCUGCAUGAGAGGAUGGACGAGGGCUGUGGAGAGACCAUUUACGUGCUGGGAGUGGGGUCAGACGGUGGUGAUUAUGGUCUGAAUGAGAGUGACAUGGAGGCGUCUGUGGCCACGGUACAGUCCCUGUGUGAGCAGGUUGAAGCUGAUCUCAUCCUCCUGAGAGAGCGAGCGGAGAGCGGCGGCCAGGUCCGAGAUUACCUCAUCCGCCGCCGUGUGGGUGAGGCAGACUUCCUGGAGGUCAGGGUGGCGGUGGUGGGGAAUGUGGAUGCUGGGAAGAGCACACUCCUCGGAGUUCUCACACAUGGAGAGCUGGAUAAUGGUCGAGGUUUUGCUCGUCAGAAACUUUUCCGUCACAAGCACGAGCUAGAGAGCGGCCGUACCAGCAGUGUGGGGAACGACAUCCUGGGCUUCGACCGUCAGGGCUGCGUCGUCAACAAACCUGACAGUCACGGUGGCAGUCUGGACUGGACCAAGAUCUGCGAGAAGUCCUCCAAGGUUAUCACCUUCAUCGACCUGGCAGGACAUGAGAAGUACCUGAAGACCACCGUGUUCGGCAUGACUGGCCAUCUGCCCGACUUCUGCAUGCUCAUGGUGGGCAGUAACGCAGGUAUAGUGGGCAUGACUAAAGAACACCUGGGCUUAGCGCUGGCUCUCAAUGUGCCUGUGUUUGUGGUGGUCACUAAGAUAGACAUGUGUCCUGCUAACAUCCUGCAAGAGACUCUGAAGCUGCUGCAGAGGUUACUGAAGUCUCCUGGCUGCAGAAAGAUCCCAGUGCUGGUGCAGAAUAAAGAUGAUGUCAUCGUCACCGCCUCCAACUUCAGCUCUGAGAGAAUGUGCCCAAUUUUCCAGAUUUCUAAUGUCACAGGGGAGAACAUGGACCUCCUGAAGAUGUUCCUGAACCUGUUAUCGUCCAGAACUUCAUUUAAAGAUGAUGAGCCAGCAGAGUUUCAGAUAGAUGACACCUAUUCAGUACCGGGUGUAGGGACUGUAGUAUCAGGAACAACGUUACGAGGGUUAAUCCGGCUGAAUGACACCAUGCUGCUGGGGCCAGACCCUCUCGGUGCCUUCAUCUCCAUCGCUGUUAAAUCCAUCCACAGGAAGAGGAUGCCAGUGAAGGAGGUGCGAGGAGGACAGACGGCAUCGUUUGCUUUGAAAAAGAUAAAGCGUUCAUCUAUAAGGAAGGGGAUGGUGAUGGUGUCACCACGCUUAAACCCACAGGCAUCUUGGGAGUUUGAGGCAGAAAUCCUGGUGCUCCAUCACCCAACAACCAUCUCACCUCGAUACCAGGCCAUGGUGCACUGUGGGAGCAUCAGACAGACGGCAACGAUCCUGACCAUGAACCGAGACUGUUUACGAACAGGAGACAAGGCCACGGUGCACUUCCGCUUCAUCAAAACCCCCGAGUACCUGCACGUGGACCAGAGACUGGUGUUCAGAGAGGGCAGGACCAAAGCUGUGGGCACCAUCACCAAGGUCUUGAUCUCUCACACACACAAAAACUGUCCCCCUCUUCUUCAGUCAACAAACAAUCAGCCGUCAAACUCCAAACCUCCACAAAUCAAGAUGCAGUCAACAAAGAAGGUGAUGAAGAGAGAGGAGGGACAGACAGCAGGUGGAGACGAGAUGAUGGGCAGCGCGACACCGACCGCUUGCAUACCGCCACUACAACAGCCAAAGUCUGGAGGCAGGCGACGAGGGGGGCAGAGACACAAGGGUAAAAGUCAGCCGAACGCCUCAGUGCCCCCUGCUGGUGCAGUCGGAGGCUGUUAAACCUGCUCCGCUCUGUCCGUCAAUUUUGUAGCUUAGAUGAAACCUGGCAGCUGCUUCCACCACUCCUUUAUCUCCAACUUUCAUUUUAAACUUGGACCACAGCACUGCUCCCCCCCCCCCCCCAAACCACCACCACCACCACACACACACACUAACUUAUACACAGUGAACAAGGAGUUCAAACUUCACACUGUCCUUCUUAAGGUUCUUAUGAGAGAAGCAGAGAAACUCAUGAUGGUCCUUCACUGGGUUUUCCUCCGUUCCUUUUAUAAUCUCAGCAGCGCUGCCUGGUGUUAAAGAAGAGGAGUGAUGUUCUACAUUACACAUGACAUAAUGCUCAGAUGAAACAAUUGGUUCAUUAACACUGUAGAUAAAAGUCUGUUGAAGAUUUGUGAUGAUCAGAUGAUAAAAUAAAGAAAAACGUUUCAGCACA